CAUCAAGGCCAUCCCAUAACCUGUGUUUGAGAAGACAUACCAAAAGUGUCGGUUCAUCUCGUCGAGUGUUUUUGAUUGUGUCGAGAUUCACGAUGCCAUUGGAAAAUUUGGAAGAGGAAGGCUUGGAGAAAAAUCCGAACCUGGAAUUGGCGCAAACUAAAUUCCUGCUGAGUCUUCCCGAGCACAAGAAUGAUCAUUCUUUGAAGACGAAACUGUUGGAUGCCAUCAAAGCUGAAAACAUGGCUCCAUUUUACGAAGAGGUGUGUAAAGACUUGGAUUGGUCAGUAGACGAAGCACUUCUCUCAACAAUGAAGGCACAUAAUACGGAACAAUUGAAAAAACUCGAUGAUGCUAUCGAAGAUGCCGAAAAGAAUUUAGGCGAGAUGGAGGUUCGAGAAGCAAACUUGAAGAAAUCUGAAUAUCUGUGUCGAAUAGGUGACAAGGAAGGUGCAAUCUCAGCGUUUAGAAAAACGUACGACAAGACAGUUUCAUUAGGACACAGGCUAGACAUUGUAUUUCAUAAUAUUAGGAUUGGUUUGUUCUAUCUAGAUCACGAUCAUAUCACCAGAAAUAUCGAAAAGGCGAAAAGUUUGAUAGAGGAAGGUGGUGACUGGGAUAGACGAAAUCGUCUGAAGGUCUAUCAGGGAACAUACUGCAUAGCAGUUCGUAACUUUAAAGAAGCUGCAAACUUUUUCUUGGACACAAUUAGCACAUUUACGAGUUACGAACUUAUGGAUUACAAUACAUUCGUAAGGUAUACUGUAUAUCUGAGUAUGAUAAGUCUCCCGCGCAAUGAGCUGAGAGACAAAAUCAUUAAAGGAUCUGAAAUACUAGAGGUUCUUCAUAGCAAUCCAGACGUCAAGGAUUACUUAUUUUCAUUGUAUAAUUGCCAUUAUGCGGAUUUCUUCAAGAAUCUUGCACACGUCGAAGGAUUAUUGCGCCGAGAUUAUUUGGUAUUUCCACACUAUCGAUAUUACAUUCGAGAGAUGCGUAUACUCGCGUACACGCAGCUGCUGGAAUCUUACCGAUCUUUAACUCUCCAGUAUAUGGCUGAAGCGUUUGGAGUUACAGUAGAGUACAUUGAUCAAGAAUUAUCACGCUUCAUAGCAGCAGGGAGAUUACAUUGCAAGGUUGAUCGAGUCGGUGGUGUAGUCGAAACCAAUCGGCCGGACAGUAAAAACUGGCAGUACCAAGCGAUGGUGAAGCAAGGGGACCUUUUACUCAACAGGGUGCAAAAAUUAUCACGUGUUAUUAAUAUUUAAUUUCAUAUAUCGCAUUAUCAUACAUAUAUUAAAUAUAUACACAAUAUACUUCUAACAUUGUGACAUUUACUUAAACCUUAAACUUAAUUUACUUUACCUUAAACGCAAAAUUAUUUUAUUAUAUUUAACGAAUAUCUGCAUGUUGAAUAUUUUUAAUGAAGUUCACAGAAUACGUGUGAAAAUAAAUCUCUAAAAAA